GAGCUCAAGAAGACCGACGGCGAACAUUAAAGGUCCUGUUCCUCCACGCACCUAUCUCUUUUUCUUUGUUCUCUUUUUUUAAAAGACACGUGACUCGUGGCAUGCCGCCACCGAGGACAUGCUGUCAGCUCUCGGCCACGUGAUGUUUGGAUGGUGAGUUGUGAAAAGCCACAUCAGUGUGUGUCCGGACGCGUUAACCAGGCAUCUGCUGUCAGUGUGUGACCACAGCCCCGAACCUGCUGACAUCGGGGAUCCCCGUCUGAGGAUGCCUCACGGGAGCAAAAGAGAAAAGGAAACUAAAUCUGGCAAAUCUGGGAAAUCCGGAAGCAAAAAUGGCCCUGCAGAAAACCAAGAUGGCUCCAAUAAGAAAGUGCCUCCCGCAGCUCAGGUGAUGAGGGUGAAGCAGCCGGGGUCACACUCGGCCACCAAGAGGGAGAAGAGGUUCAGCACUUCCUCUUUCCCCCUCAGUGCUAACAGAGAGCUGCAGAAACUGCCUGCACUUGCAGAUGUGGCCCCCGCAGAGCAGGAGAAGCUCUUCAUCCAAAAGCUGCGGCAGUGCUGCGUUCUGUUUGACUUCCUGUCCGACCCGCUGAGCGACCUGAAAUGGAAGGAAGUGAAGAGGGCGGCGCUGAGCGAAAUGGUGGAGUACAUCACCCACAACAGGAACGUCAUCACAGAGCCCAUCUACCCGGAGAUGGUGCACAUGUUUGCGGUGAAUAUGUUCCGAACAUUGCCUCCUUCGUCCAACCCCACCGGCGCAGAGUUUGAUCCAGAGGAAGACGAGCCGACACUUGAAGCGGCUUGGCCACACCUGCAGCUCGUCUAUGAAUUUUUUCUUAGGUUUUUAGAAUCGCCCGACUUUCAGCCCAACAUAGCCAAGAAAUACAUCGAUCAGAAAUUUGUAAUGCAGCUCCUAGACCUAUUUGACAGUGAGGAUCCCAGAGAGAGAGACUUCCUCAAAACCACCCUGCACAGGAUUUAUGGAAAGUUCCUGGGGCUGAGAGCAUACAUCAGGAAACAGAUCAAUAACAUUUUCUAUAGAUUUAUCUAUGAAACGGAGCACCAUAAUGGUAUAGCUGAACUGCUGGAAAUACUUGGAAGUAUAAUCAAUGGAUUUGCCUUACCACUCAAGGAAGAGCACAAGAUUUUUCUGUUGAAGGUUUUAUUGCCUCUGCACAAAGUGAAAUCCCUCAGUGUCUACCAUCCACAGUUGGCCUACUGCGUUGUGCAGUUUUUGGAAAAGGACAGCACUCUCACUGAGCCGGUGGUAAUGGCCUUACUCAAGUACUGGCCAAAGACUCACAGUCCCAAGGAAGUGAUGUUCCUCAACGAGCUGGAGGAGAUCCUGGACGUCAUCGAGCCCUCUGAGUUCGUUAAAGUGCAGGAGCCGCUCUUCAGGCAGCUGGCCAAGUGUGUGUCCAGCCCACACUUCCAGGUGGCGGAGAGAGCGCUGUACUACUGGAACAACGAGUACAUCAUGAGUCUGAUCAGCGACAACGCAGCCAAGAUUCUGCCUAUUAUGUUCCCCGCGCUGUACCGCAACUCCAAGACCCACUGGAACAAGACCAUCCACGGCCUCAUCUACAAUGCUCUGAAGCUCUUCAUGGAGAUGAAUCAGAAGCUCUUUGACGACUGCACGCAGCAGUUCAGGGCCGAGAAAAACAAAGAGAAGGCAAAGUCAAAAGAACGUGAAGAGGCCUGGGUCAAGAUCGAGAACCUCGCCAAGUCAAAUCCACAGUUCUUUAUGUAUGUUGAUUCCUCUGACCUCAAUAGUCCUGUAGCAAUGGAGACGGAUGUCCCUUUGAUAGAAGAUGUUCAGAGGUUAAAAAAGACAGUUGAGGCGGGCGCAACUCAGUUGCAGCAUGACCAGCGGAAAGAGCGGCAUCUGGUGCGACGCAAAUCUGAGUUGCCUCAGGAUAUCUACACCACAAAAGCCUUGGAGUCCCACCGCAGAGCUGAAGACAUGUUGACCACCAAUGAUGGACUCUAGGUCCCGCCCCCUGCCGACUCUUUGUUCCACGGCCCCCCCGCCCUUUGACCCUCGACAGCCAUGGAAAUUCUCGUCGCCCGAAUUACACCGGCGAUGUGGGGAAAUCCACGCCUCCCCCCACUCGCAGCCCACCAAGGAGUCUCCGUUGUCCUUCAUUCCUGCUUCCCCAGUGCGGAUGUCUCCUCCCCUCAGAUUUCUGCUUUCUCAGGUUUUUUUCUUUAUUCGGAGAGGCCGUUUCUUUUUUAGCCCUCGUCACAUUGAUUCUGUUGCCCGUAUUAUAUCCCCCCCCCCAUAGGUUCUUCUUGACUUGCUUUCUCCUUCCAUCCCCCGUUGCAUUCGCUGUAAAUGUGGAACCUGGGAGUGCGUGUGCGGGACAGCUGGUUCCUUCAUUCCCAACGCGGUGGAUGUGACUCGCUGUUGUCUUUCGGUCUCCGCACUUGGUUUUCUUUUCUUUUCUGUCAAAUGGGACAAAAUCAUCAGAACGGUCAGAUGAGAAAUUCCUGUCAUUUGUUUUAUCUUUUCAGAGUUGUUUGCUUAAUCUAACAGAUCUCUUCUCCGUGCCAAGAUUGUUGUGUUCCAUAUAUUUUCUUUUUUGUCUGACUUCAACAGGGACACCUGCCUUUUUAUUUAAUUUUUUUUGUCAGUGUUUGAAAGGCUCUUUGGGGUUAUUAAAGUUUAGCACACCAGACCAACCUGAGACUUGUCCUUAGCCUUGCAAUGUCCAGGAAAGGUGGCGAGGAAAGAGGAAGCUGUCCUGUGGACACCAGACACUUUCCAUUUUUUUUUCUUUUGUGCCAUAUGCAACUCUUUUAUAUGCUUGCUCUCCUUAAGUUCAUUGGCAAUAUUUGAAAACCAGACCAUAGUGAUGACUGGACAGUUUAAACAAUGGUACUUGCUGUUUCUAAUGAUGAAGUUGAGUGAAAGCCGUGGGUGUCUGCUACCUUUUGUUGCCGUAGCAACUAUCCAGAGUUAAAAUAAAGCACGGGGGGGCCCUCAGUUGCGCACACCGGCUGCAUACUGAUAAGGAGAUGAGUGUGAGGUAUUUAAGGUGAGUGGUGGGUUUUAUAUAUAUAAUUACUGUCAAAUCUUUAUCUGUAAGGAAAUAUAUUGACAGAUUUUUUUUGUUUUUGUUGAAUGGGUUCGGACGAACAGAUCUGUAGCAUCUCGACACCUACAAAUUCUACUCACUGAUUCAUUCAUUCAUUUAUUCUUUUCCAAGAACAGGGAGGUGUUGUGACUAUUAAUAGAGCUAAAGAGUUAUGUUAUUAAAAUUGUAAUGUCCUUUAAUUAAAGAUAAAUAUUAAUUUAUUAAAUUUAAGUGCUGGUAAUCAUACUGACAUUAAAUGUUUAAUACAAAACAUGAAAGCUAUCAAAAAGAUGAAUUCCUUAACGUUUGAAGGCGUGGCCUGUUUGGUGCCACUAUUCCUCAUUUUAGUUGUCUUGUCGAGUGGGGAUCCUCUUCAGGGAGGACUGUUAAAAGUAGGAUAACAUCUUCCAGUCAGUACCAUUGUUUAAACGUAGGAGGUCUGCUAGAUUUCUUCAUAUUUGAUGUGUUGUAUUUCUCUGUCUCGACUCUGGAGGUUAAGUAGCGUGGAUGUCAGGUUUUAUUUAGUUCUGAGACAGACUGGUAUCAAACGGCCACUAAAAUGCCAGAAGCUGAUAAUAAACUGACAUUGUGACUUGGCUUGUGAACUGUAUUAAUACUGUAUUUGCUUGAAUGCAAAAAGAUGUAAAUUAAAACUACCAUGUUAAACAUGUACCUUUUACCCUGGAGGAAUGCCAUUCACCAACUGAUUUUGGUCGUCCAGUUCAUUGCGUUUCUGAAACAAUCCGGCUUGCCGGGAGAGAUGUUUUUUUUAUAGAUUUUAUUAGUUUGAGUCAAGAGAUGUUUGAAGUUUAUUUUAGUUGUCCGUGAUAAAGAGAUGAUUUAAGAAUCAUUCGGUGGCUUGUUCUCUUUCUGCAGGAUCUUAGCAGAUAUUUUUAAUUUCACAUAUUUCCAAAACAUGACAAUUUAAAGUGUCCUUUUUGUGUGACCUGUACUAUAGGAUUCAUUUAAUAUUGUAUAUAUGAUUUAUCUUGUUUCAUGUAGUGUUAUAUAUCUAGAUUAAUUUUGUACAAAUUGUCCCUCUGUACAGAAUAAAACAUCAAUAGCAAGUGAAAGAAGUCAA